GAAGCUCAAGAAAGACCCUCAGGAUACCAACAUAUCCUUGGAGACACCCCUGCUACCCGACAACAAUGAGAUCACGCUGGGUUCGUUGAUGACCUCCGAAAACCUCAGCUACGCUCAAGCCAUUGAAGUCUUUCUUCAGUUUGAACACGAGAAUGAGCAAGCAAAGAAUGCGGAGCCUGAGGAGCAUGAGGAGCUUGAGCUGCCAGCUGCAGCGAAGAAGCCGAAGGCCAAGGCAGCACCGCCAAAGGAUCCCAAAAAGGAUGAAGAAACCCCGGCCAGCAAGCGCAAGAGCCAGACCCCCAAUGAGAAGCCGACAAGCAAAAAGAGCAAGAGCGCCACAACCGAAGCCCCAGUGGAGGCAUCGACACCUGACUGUGAGAAGCCACCAUGCAAAAAAGGCAACACCUCCAAAGCCGAAGCCCCAGCAGAGGCAUCGACAGCUUGCAAGAAGCCAGCAGGAAAGAAAAGCAAGAGCACCGAAGCCGAAGCCCCAGCAGAGCCAUCGACAACUCGCAAGGAGAAGCCAACAAGCAAGAAAAGCAAGAGCACCCCACCCCCAUCGGAGCCGACGCCCACAGACCCAAGUGAGCACCCGAAGACGCUGAACACCCGGAAGCAGCAGCUGAACCCGAAGCCCCAGCCCCAGCUGAAGCUCAAGGCAAUUGAGGAUUUGGCUUCAGCCGAGGCAGCAGCAGACCAAGACGAUGCAGGGGACAAGCAGUUGGAUGAUGGUCUUGAUGAGAUGAUUAAGUGCAUCGAUGAGAAAGAUGCGGCCGGUGAUGAUGGUGAUGCUGUUGAUGGAGAGGCUCUAGAGGAGCCGUGGUCACAGGAUCGGCAGCCGGAUGAUCCGGCGAUGCUGAAGACGGGCUGGUCUUGCCUCAGCCUCGAGCUGGGCGAGAAGCAGAUCGACAGCAGCAACCCGCCAGUGGACAACGCGAGCACGAUCGUCAAUGACAAUGCCUCGGUUACCGAGCUGAUCGAGUUGGGGGCAUCGGCUUCGCAGGUCAGCUCUAACAAGGAUUAUGGGCACCUCCUAGCCAUGGUCGGGCAGUUGCAAGCGCAACUGCAGAAGCAGCAGGCGGAGAAGCGGCAGGCAGCGAAGCCUGCUGAGGAUUUGGAAGGUGUAGCUUUAGAUGAGGAGCAGGAAGCUCAAGCAGAUGCCGAGCAGAUUCUGAAUGCACAAUCAGAGGUUAGUGCCGAAUCAGACAAGAAGAAGGCGGCCGGUUCCAAAGAGGCUGCCCUGCAACGCCUCCGUUCAACCCACAACGAUGCUGCCCCUGCUACCGCUGCUGCUGCCAGCAUGCAUGCACUGCCUGCUCCCCCCCCUUCGGCUGCUCCCUCUUCGGCUGCUGCCCCUUCGGAUGCUCCCCCUUCGGAUGCUUCCCCGCCUGAAGUCAACUCGAAGACCCACAAGAAGGAGUACAUGAGACUGGAGCGGGCCGAACUCCUUCGCCGGUGGGUGCAGAGUAAAGAGAACGUCCAGGCAUGUGAAUGCUUGAUCAAGGCCACGCGCCGGUCAAGUUUGCAAGGCCAAUCUUUGCUUCCUAUCCAUAUUGAGGACAGGGAUGCCCCUGGCAUCGUGGAAGAGACAAAGUACUGGGUGACCACUGCCGAGACUCGCACAGACACCCUGGACAUCUCGCAGGAGCAUUCCAUGACGGUGAAUGCCACGGCCUCCCCGGAUGAUAUCUACAAUAUCAUGAAUGGCCCCGUUGCAGAGGAGGAGCCCGGAGUGUGGCAUCCAGGUGCUGAGAUGAAGAAGGAGAUUUCGACCAUCUCUGGAAUCCUCCUGGAUCUGCCGGACGAUGACCCGCUGAAGGAGGAUUUGGGCAACAGCCAGGCAAAGCUGACCAAGCUGGCCAGGAAGCAUCUCGGCUCUGUCACCGAGCUGAAGAUUUUAAAGGGCAAGGCCAAAGGCCUUAUUGCCGAGCUCAAGAAGAAAGGGAGGUUGACCACGCAGUUGGACAAGCGGCUUGCUGUAGCUGUUUGUGAAGGUGAUAUCUAUGGUAGCAAUGCCCUGGCUGGUUUUGAGUCGCGGGCUCUGCGGGAAAACGAAUUCCAUCAAAGAAUCAGAGCUCUGGGUGUUGCUCAUCAGUUCGAUGUGUCGUGGAAGAACAUACCGGUGCUGAAAGAGACACCUGGGGAAGCUGAUUUUAUGGCUAUCGAGCCCUGGCCUGUGAUUCUGCCCAGCACCAUUGCCUCCUACCAGCAUUACGGGGUUUUCCAUUUCCACUGUGUGGCCUACAAAGGUGAUAUGAAAUACCUUGUCCAAUCCUUGAAUUUGCAGCGACAUGCUACGCGGGAGGAG